UUUUCCGUAGCAUCUUAGUGUAUCCGUGUCGGUUCGUGUGACUCCAACGGUUCGCUCGCUUCUCCGUUGGCACUUGAAUCAGAUUGACUCGAUCGCUCGUUGACACUAGUCUUCAUUUUUAAUUCGUUUACUUUUUUGAUUUUAAUCUUCAGUAAAGAUGGCGGAUAAAGAAAAGAAGAAGAAGACUAAAAAGAAGGAGGAAGCACCAGCAGCUGAAGCUGCUCCUCCUCCACCAGAACCUGAACCUCCAAAGGAAAAACCAAAGAGUCCUUCAGCAACCCCCACUGGAUCUGCUAGAGCGAGCAGCCGUGGAUCCAAACGCGCUAAGCGUGCUGGCUCCAGCGUAUUUUCUAUGUUCUCUCAAAAACAAGUUGCCGAAUUUAAAGAGGCCUUCCAAAUGAUGGAUCACGACAAAGAUGGUAUCAUCGGUAAAGAAGAUCUUCGUCAGACCUUUGAUUCAGUCGGUCGUCUUGCUACAGAUAAAGAGUUGGAUGAUAUGCUGGCUGAAUGUCCUGGACCUAUCAACUUCACGCAGCUUCUCACCCUCUUCGCCAACCGAAUGUCGGGAGCAGGAUCGGAUGAGGACCAAGUAGUUAUCGAUGCUUUCGCCACCUUCGACAAAAAUGGAAAAAUCGAUGGAGACAGGUUGAGGCACGCUUUGAUGACCUAUGGCGAUAAAUUCACAGCUAAAGAAGUGAACGAUGCUUUCGAUAACAUGUACAUUGAUGACAAAGGCAUGAUUGACACUCCCAGCCUUAUUGCCAUGCUCACUGGAGCCGGCGACGAUGAAGACGAUUAAGCUGAACCUAAUCAUUUCAUCACUGUCAAUUCAUUGAAGCUGAACCUCGUUUCAUGGCAGGCCUGCUCAUGGACUCUUCUACAUUUCCCCAUCCUUACUAUUACAAUAAAAUUAUUUCGAAAUAAAA